GCCGAGCGGGCUCUGGCAGACCAGAGGAACCUUCGUCACCGCCGCUGCUGCCGCGUUGAGAGGAUCUUCGCGGUCACCCUUACUGUUUACCAUGUCCGCCCAGGCUCAGAUGCGGGCCCUGCUGGACCAGCUCAUGGGCACAGCUCGGGACGGUUCAGUGUAUCUUUGCCUGCCUACAUCAAUCUGCAAGGGAGUUGCAGAAAAGCCUCAUGUUCAUCGAGCCGAGAUGAAACCAGACAGAGGGUCAAGUUUACAGAUGACCGUGUCUGCAAGAGUCACCUUCUGGACUGCUGCCCCCAUGAUAUCCUGGCUGGGACGCGCAUGGAUCUAGGAGAAUGUACCAAAAUCCAUGAUUUGGCCCUCCGAGCGGAUUAUGAAAUUGCCAGUAAAGAAAGAGACCUGUUUUUUGAAUUGGAUGCAAUGGAUCACUUGGAGUCCUUCAUUGCAGAGUGUGAUCGGAGAACUGAGCUUGCUAAGAAACGGCUGGCUGAAACACAGGAGGAGAUCAGUGCAGAAGUUUCUGCAAAGGCAGAAAAAGUCCAUGAGUUGAAUGAAGAAAUAGGAAAACUCCUUGCUAAAGCUGAACAGUUAGGAGCUGAAGGAAAUGUGGAUGAAUCCCAGAAGAUUCUUAUGGAAGUGGAGAAAGUUCGUGCAAAGAAAAAAGAAGCAGAGGAAGAAUACAGGAAUUCCAUGCCUGCCUCUAGUUUUCAACAGCAAAAGCUACGUGUCUGUGAGGUUUGUUCAGCCUACCUUGGUCUCCAUGACAAUGACCGUCGUCUGGCAGACCACUUUGGGGGCAAGUUACACUUGGGAUUCAUCCAGAUCCGAGAGAAGCUUGAUCAGCUGAGGAAAACUGUGGCAGAAAAGCAUGAGAAGAGAAAUCAAGAUCGCUUGAGGAGAAGAGAGGAGAGAGAGCGGGAGGAGCGGCUAAGCAGGAGGUCUGGAUCAAGAACCCGAGAUCGCAGGAGGUCACGAUCCCGUGAUCGGCGUCGGAGACGGUCAAGAUCUACCUCCCGAGAGCGACGGAAGUUGUCUCGGUCCUGGUCCCGAGAUAGACACCGGCGCCACCGCAGCCGUUCCCGCAGCCACAGCAGGGGACAUCGCCGGGUUUCCAGGGACCAGAGUGUGAAAUACAAGUUCUCCAGGGAGCGCACAUUGAGAGAGGAAUCCUGGGAGUAUAGGCAGAACGAGCGAGGGCCCACUGACUGGAGGCUGGAGAGCUCCAAUGGGAAGAGUUUGUCUCGGAAGUCGGAGGAGAAGGAGGCUGGCGAAAUCUGAACCUGGCGCUAGCCCUGUAAAUAGUCUGAUAAAAUGUUCAGCACAUCCUAAAAUUACCAUUUAUAUUUGCUGAGUACAACUCAUCUUUUUGUAGGUUAAAUUUCUAUUGUUUGGCUCUAGCUGUGAGUUUCUAGAAUUGUUCAGAGCUGCUCCUGUGUUGGGGUUAUGUUGUAUAGGAACAAAUAAACCUGGUGGUUGCUCCCUGA